AUGAACGUCAACAAGAAGCUCGAUCGUUUCAAGCAAUGGGCCGGCGAGCGCAUGGGCUCUGAAAUCAAGACCAAUGUGUCUGACGAUUUCAAGGCGAUGGAAUUGGAGAUGACCCUGCGCCAGGAUGGUCUUGAUAAGAUGCAGCGUUCCACAAACGCCUAUGUCAAGGCCGUUUCCAAAAGAUCCGAGAUCGAAGGCAAGGAGAAAAUAUUACCGAUUGCCCAUAUGGGUGGAACAAUGAUAGCACAUGGUGAUGAAUUUGACAUCGAUUCGGAAAUUGGUCAAUGCCUGGCUAUGUUUGGUCGGACCCAAGAACGACUUGCUCGUGUCCAAGAAUCAUACAUUACGAGUGCCACAAACACCUGGCUAGAGUCUCUGGAAAGAUCACUGGUCCAGAUGAAGGAGUAUCAAGCAUCGCGUAAGAGACUUGAAACCAGGAGAUUGGCCUAUGACACCUCCCUCGCCAAGAUGCAGAAGGCCAAGAAGGAGGAUUUCAGGGUAGAAGAAGAGCUCCGAAGCCAAAAGGCCAAAUACGAAGAAUCGGCAGACGACGUAUUGCGUCGGAUGGAGGAGAUUCGGGACACCGACCCAGAAUGCGUGGCUGAUCUUGGAGCAUUUCUCGAUGCAGAAUUGGCAUAUCACGAUAAAUGUCGAGAGGCUCUGGUUCAGUUGAAGAACGAAUGGCCGGCGAGGUCGCAACAUUCUCGUGGUGGCCGUCCUACGCCAAGAUCUAGGUCCAAUACUGUCCGAUCCCACACGCAGUACGUUGAACCGGCAGAAGAGCCUGUCGUUGAGGCUCGGCCUACAAUUCGAUCAAGUCGCGCACCGUCCUCCCGCUAUGCAGAUUCAGGCGCCGACUUUCCACCAAGCAUUGCAACAAAUCGCCCCAAUCUAGGACGAUCAACCACAUUCGACCACUCCUCGACCCCAAUAAGAGAUCUGUCCCCUGGAACCAUGCCACGUAUUACCCGUGUACCUAGCGACUCCCUGAUGAUACGAACGGCUCGGUCUAAUUUGCGCAACGUUGAAGAAAACGAUGUGUUUGCAGAUGAUUCGGGAUCUUACACGAACAGUAGUCCCGAUCAUGGCUAUGGAGAUCAAUCUGUCUCUCCGGCUACUUCACACGGCAGUGGAUCAUUCGCCCACACGCCGGGCAAGAAGAGUGCUGCACCACCGCCCCCUCCUUCGAGAGCGAAGAAGCCUCCCCCACCACCUGUUCCCGCGAAACGAUCCGUAAUUACAUAA